AUGGGCUGCAACACUUCAAGAAUCAAUGGCUUACCUGCGGUUGCUAUGUGCCAUGACCGUUGCAAAUUUAUAGACGAAGCUCUUCGACAAAGCUAUGCCGUUGCGGAUGCGCACGCCGCACACAUGCAAUCUCUUAAAACACUUGGCCCUGCUCUCUACCGUUUCUUCAAUCGAUUUGAAAUUGAAGAAGAAAAUAACCCCAAAUCAUCAUCACAUUCACCCUUUCACCCACAUUCUAAAUCAGAAGCAGCAGAAGCAGAAUCCGACAACGCAGAUAAUGAAUCCCAAUUUUUCAACCCAUGUCGUUAUGACUCUUCACCUCUUUCUCGUAAUGUCCAUUUCACUAAUUAUGUGCCCUCACCGCCUCCUCCGACAACCUCGUCCUGGGAUUUCUUGAACUUGUUCGAAACCUUUGACAAGUACCAAGUUCCGUACACUGAGGAGAAGAAAAAGGAGGCUGAUUCUGAUUUGGAGGUUAAGAAGAAAGAGCCGUCACCGUUAACGGAACAUAACGACGUGAACUCCUCCGUUAAAUGUUUCUCUGAGGCAAUGAAAGAGAUUCAGAUUCUACUAGAGAGAGCAUCGGAUUCGGGUAACCCAAUUUUGGAAAUGCUCGACGUUGGGAAACUCCGUUACCAUCGUAAUAUAGCCGUUAAUCCAGUUUCUUGCAAGAUGAUGCACGUGUCAAACCCCCUUAACUGCAUGGAUUCCUCGUCGCUUGGUCGGAGAAUGUAUGAAGGAGUUGAGAUAGACAAGGGAUUCAGUUAUGGGAAUCUUUGUUCUACUCUUAACAAGCUAUGUAUGUGGGAGAACAAGCUCUAUGCUGAAGUCAAGGCUGAGGAGAAAUUGCGCAUACUUCAUGAGAAGAAGUGUAGGCAAUUGAGACGUAUGAAUAAGAAGGGUGCUGAUGCUCACAAAGUUGAUGCCGCUCAAACUUUGAUUGGGAUUCUAGCUACAAAAAUCAACAUUUCUUUUCAAGUAGUUGAUAAGAUAUCUAGCACGAUUUGUAAGUUGAGGGAAGAGGAGUUAUGGCCACAGAUUAACAGUUUCAUUUUCAGGUUUCUGGGAAUGUGGAAAGAAAUGCUAGAAUGUUAUAGAUGUCAGUAUAAGGAAAUUGCUGAAGCCAAAAGUUUGGUUGCCACUUCAUUGAGCAGAAAGCUUAGUAAUUCUCAUCUUGAUGAAAUAAUAGAACUCAAAUCUGAGAUACAGAACUGGAAUUUAAGCUUCUCAGAUUGGAUUUAUGCCCAAAAGUCCCAUGUGAAAGCCCUGAAUGGUUGGCUAGUAAGAUGUCUUGUGUAUGAACCUGAAGAAAUAACUGAUGCCACAGCUUCCUUCUCUCCUGGGAGGACUGGGGCACCACCUGUGUUUGUGGUCUGUACCAAAUGGUCAAGGGCAAUGGAUCUUCUUUCAGAGAAGGAUGUAAUUGAAGCCGUAAAUGUAUUUAUUCUCAAAGUGAAUGAGAUCUUGGAAAAGCAUGUUUUAGACCUUCAGCAAAAAUUAACAUUGGACAAGGAAUUGGAGAGGAAAGUGAAAAUCUUGGAGAGACAGGAGCAUAAGAUGCACAAAGUGGUUCAGGCUCGAGAAAGAAAGAUGGUUCCAGUUGCCAAAAAAAGAAGCACAAAUAUUGGAGGGGAUGCUGUCCAUCAUGGUGAACUUGACAUAAUUAGCUUGCAAUCAAGUCUCAAACAUAUGUUUGCUGCAAUGGAGAGGUUCGCUGCCACCAUUGUUCCUGCAUAUGAAGAACUGUGCCAACAACUUGAGCAAGACAACCAUGUUUUGGGAGAAUUCAACAACAUUCAUUAG